AUGUUUGACGUCUAUCUAGGACCACUGGAAGUUCUCCACUACAUAUUGGAAGGAGAUGAAGGCGAUGUGCACAGCUUGGAGGCGCAUCCGCUGUUCAGCGAAUUGCUAUUUCUUGAAUCCAAUUGCGAAGACGAAACGGCCGAUGAAUGCUGUUGGGUUGAAAGGUCAAGGUGGCUAAAAUUUGAGGAAAGGGCUGAGCUGGAUAGUGGAAGAUGGUCUAAGCCUCUUAUCAGCUUGUUAAGUUUUCAAAGUUUGCAACAGCUGAGGGGAUGCUUCAAGAAAUCGGCUCCUUUUCUACAGAACCAGGUGACGUCGUUCAACCAACUAGCAGAGCAGAUCGUCGAAAACCUACUGAAAGAGGGCGAUAUCCAACGCUCUGAAGCAAAAAUUUGCAAAGAAUGUCUUCAGUCGCCGAAGAAGCACCUGGUGGGUAGCAGAUUCGCCACCGGAAUAAAUGACGAAAAAGAAAAACCCCAAACCCAGGAAGAAGAUGCAGUUACACCUUCCUUUUCUAGUAAGCUAGAAUCGAAGGAAAAGCAUGUACUCACCUCUAUCCUCUCUCCGCACCCGCCGUCCAAUAUUCUGCGCAAGUUACCAAAGGACGUCGAAGGGGCUUGUAUCCUAAUUGGCUACAUUCCCAACAUUACGCGACCGGUAGCGCAGUUCGUUCGCCUUGAACAAGCUCAGCUGAUGCCUGAUUUGCUCGAGGUACCAAUACCAACUCGAUUCGUUUUCGUGCUGUUCGUCCCCAUUGGACAUGUUGAGCAGAAUGCGGUGAUGAUAGGACGAUGUUUAGGCGCGUUAUUCGUUGAUGAAGUACGUGAGGAUUAA